GCCAAACGAAAGUGACGUACGUCAACAAAGUAGAAAUAAUUAAAGUUUUUUAAAUUCAUUUCAGUUUAAUUAGUAGUAAUAAAAAUGGCGAAUUUGCGAAAAUUGUGCGAAGAAUAUUUUGGCAGCAAAGAUUUUUAUGAUAUUCUAAACAUAGACAAAACAGCUAGCCAACAAGAAAUUAAAAAAGCUUACUACAAACUUUCCCUGUCUGUUCACCCGGAUAGAGUUGAAGAAAGCGAGAAAGCGUAUGCAACCGAAAAAUUUAAAAUUUUGGGGAAAAUUCAUUCGAUUCUUCAAGACAAAGAAAAACGUAAAGUUUACGAUGAUACCGGCGAUUUUGAUGAAGAAAGCGAUGAUUUUUGCAAUUGGUUAAAUUACUGGAAGUCAAUGUUCAAAACUAUUACCGUGGAUGAUAUUAAAAAUUACGAAAAAAGUUACAUAGGUUCUGAAACUGAAAUACGUGAUAUCAAAAAAGCUUAUGUUUCUAUUGUGGGUUGUAGCGACCGUGGUCCGUCACUGUAG